GAUGCAACUGCAGCGGUUUAUGAGUGUGGACUUCUACGGAAAAUGUUCAAAGGUUCCAGGUCAUGUAGAUAAGUGUCCCGGUCAUUUCAGAGAAAACUGCCCAGUAAUGGAAGAAUAUCUUUUCUACAUCACGAUAGAAAAUUCCAUGUGCCGCCAAUAUUUUUCAGAAAAGAUUUUCCAUCACGCAUACUUAAAAGGCGCCAUACCUAUCAUCAUGGGGAUACCUUUAAUAGACUGUAUUAAGCUAUUGCCUCCUCAUUCCUUCCUGCAUGUUGAUAGUUUUCCCUCUUUACAGGAGCUAAGCAAAGAAGUUUACAGUAUAGGAAAUAAUAUGACUAAAUUACUGGAGUACCACGCAUGGAGAGUUAAUUUUGAGGUUGUGGAAGAACAUGGUUUUCUGGGCACUAGAUCUUUUGCCAUGUGUAGAGUUUGUGAGGCUUUAAACUAUAAUAGUAAUGCUAACAAAAUCUAUGGUUUAGAGGAUAUUAUGUUGUAUUUGGACCCAGCUGUGUGCUGUUCCAGGAAUAUGAAAUGGCCAGGAUAAUUUAUUUUUUAUACACCGACAAGUUAUGUAUGUAGUUUUGCAACAAAAAAUGGUUUCUAUUGCAUUAUGUAAGGCCUCGAAUUCCCAGCGCCGGCCUCUCAGAGUAGAGUGA